AUGAUGGAAGAGCCAGGAAGUGACAUGAUCGAGGCUGCAAUCCCUUUGACAACGGUUUUUGUGAAACUUUCAUCCUUUUGGACCGAUUCUCAAGAGGUCAGGUUUCUCCAAGCAGAGGCCCAGUUUGAAGUCAAGAGGAUAACAGCCUCUCACACUAAAUUUACCCAAUGUGUUUCUUCGUUACCCCAGGAUGUGGCUUUUAGACUCCUGGACCUAGUUUGUGCUCCUCCUGCCAAGCCUUAUGAAGCGUCAAGGAGACGCCUCAUUCAAAUGCACUCCCUGAGUGACUUACAGGGAUACCAGGCUUUGCAGAGUUUGCCAUUGUUAUACGACCAACGCUCCUUGCAGUAG